AUGGGUGCCGCCACAACUCACGCUUUCCCUCGGGCGCAGGUCAUCGUGGAAGGCCGGCUCAACUACUCGGACCCGAAGGUGCAGCAGGAGGUGGAGACGCUGCUGCAGAAACUGGAGUCGAGCCGCUUCGUGGCCGACAAGUUCUACACGGACUCGUGGCUGCGUGACUGGACGGGGACGCUGGAGUGGGGUGGCGACGUGCUGGAGGUGGACCUCUCUACAUACGAGAAGUGGACGGAAAGCCUCAAGAGGGUGAUGCUGAGCGGGCCAGGGGGCACGCCCCAGCUGGACGUGGCGUUUGACGAGACGGGCCGGCACAUCGUUGCCUCCCGCUUCAUCAUCCAGAUCAAGGAUGUCCAAGGCGAGACGGAGAGCAGCCUGAUGAUGGAGGAGCUCCGGACUAUCUGUGACCAGUCUCCGCUCGAAGCCGAAGUCUUCGAUCCUCGUUUCAUCUUCUUUGAUCAGUACACCUACGUAAGAAGCAUCACCAUACAGUCCACAGGCAUUGCUGCCAUCAUCAUGUGCAUCAUCUCGCUCAUCUUCAUCCCCAACCCGAUCUGCUCGCUGUGGGUGGCAUUCAGCAUCCUCAGCAUCGAGAUCGGCGUCAUCGGCUACAUGUCGUUGUGGGGCGUGAAUCUGGACAGCAUCUCCAUGAUCAAUCUCAUCAUGUGCAUUGGCUUCUCGGUGGAUUUCUCCGCGCACAUCAGUUACGCAUACAUGUCAGCGCACGGCAAGUCAGCCGACAAGAGAGUGGAGGAGAGUCUGUACGCCCUGGGACUGCCGAUUCUACUAGGGGGCCUCUCCACAAUAGCCGGCGUGAGCACGCUCUGUCUCGCGCCUUCCUACAUCUUUGAGGUCUUUUUCAAGACCAUCUUCCUCGUGAUCACGUUCGGCCUGAUGCACGGCCUGUUCCUGCUGCCCGUGAUGCUCUCACUAUUUUACUCCCUUCUGCAUAGGGAAAUAGUAAGACUUUGA